AUGGAUGAAUACACUGCAGAACUCUUCUCUGGCCAGGAUGACGGUAUUGAUGGUGACUCCCGGCCCUUGGGAAGUGUGGAGGAAAAGAAACCUCUCGUGAAGCCGGACACUGCAGAGGAGGAGACUUCUCCCGGCCUAUCGCUACAGGACCGGUUGCUUGCCAGGUUCCUCCAACAGUUGGUUCCAUCAGAAGAUGCUGGCAGUGAUAAGGACGGAGGUGAGGAUGUUGAUACAUCCUCAGAAAGGCCCCCAUUCAGCCUUCCCACGAUGACCAACAAUUUCAGGCGUUUUAAUGCCAGGUAUAUCCUUCUGUUAAUCAUGAUACCCGCCUUCUUGACAAGGCACCCUCCACCACCUCCUUCAACUUCAACGUCUAGUACAACUCCAUACUACUCCUACGAGGGCCCAGCUCUUGCUCCAGCUAAAACCAUCAAACCCGCUGCUGAGACGUCAAAGGAUUUCUUCCAUAACAUGCGAGAUUUGCAAAACUCCAUGGCGGAUUUUGCCCUCCUUCACGACGCAGCUGUGUCACUCAUUGCUCCUGCUACAAACUUCUCUGAUGAAAAAUUGUCGUCUUCCCUGUUUAUUGCCUGUACCGGCUUGGCGGGUGCCGUCUUUUUGGUGUCGCACCUCUUGCCCUGGCGGCUUAUGUUGCUUUUUGCUGGAAACGCCCUUAUACUGUCCAAUCAUCCAAACAUAAAAUCCUUUUUUGAGGCCGUUAAAGGUGCAAUUGCAUCUCAUAGUGCCUCUCAAAAUAAUGCUGAGGGCAACAAGAAGUCCUUCGACAUUUAUGGAUAUUCCAUACCCUUAACUGUUUCUGGCAUCAUGGAUCUCCUCGAUUCAAUAACUGCUAUAUCCCUCUCUGCUGAGCCUGAGGAACGCGAAGUUGAGAUCUUUGAGCUACAGCAUAAAACGUACUCCUUGUAUUCGGCAUCACCAGAGUGGGAGCCCUUUUUAUUCACGACUACGCCGUACGACCCUCUUUGUCCGUCUCGUAUAUCAGGAGAUCGACCUCGGGGCUCUCGAUUUUUUGAGGAUGUCAGACCUCCCCCUGGGUGGGUUUGGAAGAGUAAAAAGUGGGAACUAGAUCUUGAAUGCCGAGAGUGGGUGAUGGAACGUAUGGUUACUGGGGUGGAAUUCGAAAUACCUGAUAACAAUGACGGCAUCAUCAGUGAGGAAGUGGGAGGUUGGGUAUGGGAUCUGCCGUUUAACACGCCAGAUGACGAGCAUGCUGUCGAUAUCCUGGCUUACACGGACUCGUGGGAAAGCCCUCGAAGAAACGCGCAAAUGCCUGCCCAAACGAGCAAGCGUGCCAAUCAAAAAGACAAGCCUGAAUGGGAAGAAGCCACAAAACAAGUUGACAGAGCUGGCGACUGGAGAAGGAGACGCUGGGUCAGAGUUGUUCGAAGGAUGACUAUUGAUGAGAAGGCAGUGAAAGCAACGCCAGUAUCUUCUUAA